AUGACAAACCAGAGCGUGGACCCGGUCGUGACGGACUACACAUCCCACAAUGCCACGGGGUCGCUGUCUUCUGGGGUCUCCGUGGCAACCAGGACCCUCGUGCUGCUCGUGUGCGUGCUGCUGGUCGCGUGGAGCCACAGUGAGAGGAGGAAAACGCACACACCAGGUCCUUUGUUCCUCCUGGGUUUGGGGCCUCUGCUUUCAUAUCUGAGAUUUAUUUGGACCGGCAUCGGCACGGCAAGUAACUUCUACAACCACAAGUACGGCGACAUGGUGAGAGUCUGGAUUAACGGAGAGGAGACCCUGGUCCUCAGCAGAGCUUCAGCCGUGCACCAUGUUUUGAGGAGUUCAAACUACACGUCUCGAUUCGGGAGCACUCUGGGACUGAGCUGUGUCGGGAUGCACGAGAGGGGAAUUAUUUUCAACAACAACGUCAAUCUGUGGAAGAAGAUACGCAGCUAUUUUAGCAAAGCCCUGACUGGCCCUGGGCUGCAGCACACGGUCGACAUCUGUAUAUGCUCCACUCAGAGGCACCUGGACGAACUGAAGGCCCCCGGACCCGAGGCUCCGCUGAGGCAGGUCGACAUCCUCAGUCUGCUCCGGGGGACUGUGGUGGACAUCUCCAACAGACUGUUCCUGGAUGUGCCCAUCAAUGAGAAGGAGCUCCUGAAGAAGAUCCAUAAGUAUUUUGAGACCUGGCAGACUGUGCUCAUCAAACCAAACAUUUACUUCAGUUUGAACUGGAUCCACAAAAAACACAAGUCGGCAGCUCAGGAGCUGCAGGACGCCAUAGAAGAGCUUGUGCAGCAGAAGCGCAGACACAUGGAGCAGGCCGACAAACUGGACCAGAUCAACUUCACUGCAGACCUCAUCUUCGCUCAGACUCACGGAGAGCUGUCGGCUGAUGACGUGAGGCAGUGUGUGUUGGAGAUGGUGAUCGCGGCUCCGGACACUCUCUCCCUCAGUCUGCUGUUCAUGCUGAUGCUCCUCAAACAGCACCCCCUAGUGGAGCUGCAGCUGCUGCAGGAGAUCGACACAGUCAUCGGCGAGAGGCGGCUGCAGAACUCAGACCUGCCAAAGCUGCAGGUGAUGGAGAGCUUCAUACACGAGUCCCUGCGCUUUCACCCAGUGGUGGACUUUAGCAUGCGGCGGGCACUGGGUGAUGAUGUCAUUGAAGGCUACAGCGUGCCGAAAGGGACAAACAUCAUCCUCAACACGGGGCGCAUGCACCGCACAGAGUUCUUUCACAAACCCAAUGAGUUCAGCCUGGAAAACUUUGACCAGAACACCCCUCGCCGUUACUUCCAGCCGUUCGGCUCAGGUCCCCGCAACUGUGUGGGCAAACACAUCGCCAUGGUGAUGAUGAAGUCGAUCCUGGUGACGCUCCUGUCGCAGUACUCAGUCUGUCCACAUGAGGGCCUCACGCUGGAGCUGCUGCCUCAGACCAACGACCUCUCCCAGCAGCCUGUGGAGGGAGAGCAGCCACUUGCCUUCAGCUUCCUGCUCCGGGACAGGGCAGGGGGGCCGGCCGCGUGA